CCAGUCUAUGUUGCCAUCUCCAUCCAGCACACAUACAUGAUUGCGUCCUCAUCUACGAACCGUGCUCCACUCUGGAAGUUUUACUCUCCCUAAUAUUAGCCACACUGAUUUUUUACUAUCCCUGAGCUUAUUUUUGUGAAUUUAUCAGAUUGCAGUUUGGAUCGAAAGGUGCUCGAUGAUUCGCUUCAUAGGACCACUGUUGUUCGGAUUUAUUUCGUUGUUACUCAGUCAUUUCAGGUUGGGGUUGGAGGGCGGAAAAGGAGCAUGUUAUCAUAGCAGUGGCGGUGGCUCAUCUUGGGUUACUCCGUCGUCCUAUAAGGUUGCCGACAGACUAUCAGAUCUCUAGGAGGUGGUGCUGGGUGGUGAUGUCACUUAGUUGGAAACAUGCUGGGUCGUAUUCUGAAUAAUAGUGCAAGGUACUUUGACUAAAUGAUCUGCAAAUCAGUGCAUCUGGAAUGCUAGGAUGUGUGGGGACAAAAAGCUUUACGAGGCUUGUCAGCAAUGAUUGAUGAGAUAAUUCGUUCAGCUGCUUUGGUAAGAGGUGACGGGAAUCAUAAAUACCACAAUGUCUAUGAAGAUUCAACAUACAGAAAGAUGGAAGAGGUUCCGAAUAUCUCUCUCUCGCUCUCUCUCUCUCUCUCUCUGAAUGGCUUUGUUUCUUUAUUUUGGCUAUUUCAGACGACAACGGGAUACAACACCUUGAUGAAAAUAUAUCUACCUAAAGAUUUUAUUUGUUUGGAUACAAUCUCUGAAUUCAAAAUAAAAACAUGGAUGUCGUGAUACUGGUGGAAGAAACACUCAUAAUUCUUGUUCUGGUUGCAGUCAUGUGGAUCAAGGUGUUGUUCUUGAGCACUAGAGUAAUUUGGUUUUCCUGUCAAAUCCUAGCUUCCAGGUUCGAAUUAUAUGUGGUUCCAGUUUUGUGGAUCAAAUGUUGUUCUUGGGUGCCAGAUUAAUUUGGUUAUCCUGUUGGCUCCUAGCUUUGAGUUUCUAAUUAAUAUACGAGGAAUUGGUGCUUUACUAUCAGUUUUUUGUUUGGUUCUCUUGUAUUCUGAUUCGUUGCUUCAUGCGUUCGCAUGCUGAUAUGCUUGUCCUUGCUAGGUUGCCUCGCUUGUGGCUCUAGGGUUUAUUGUUUUUCUUUGAUUCUGAUAUUUGUUGGCUAAUUCUGCUCCAUCUUGCUUUUUUGGAACUGUAUGUUGUUGGUUGGUCUCUGUUGUUCUUCUUUUAUCGUCUUCAGCUGAGACAUGCUCUUGACUGAGCGCGGGCCGCAGAGAUGGUGAGGAUGCCGAGUUGUCCGCGGCGUGGUCGUUGCUCCUCUGGACUUGGCAGGAGGAGUGAGGAGGUCGAUCCAUCCUCGGCUUCAUCGUCGUCGUGCAUCCGUCAAGAGAUGCUCGCGCGCCAGGAGACGAAUCAACAUCUGCUCCUGCUCGAUUGCUUCCAAAUCGAGUGAUGCAUGCUUCUGCUCGCUAUGGAGGCCGCUGCUCUGAUACACUCCAACUGCCAGCGAUGUUCCUCCUCAAGGUCAAGGCAGGCUGGGUGGGCUCCUCGUCAGCGUCGGCUUUCCCUGCCUGCCACUGCUCUCUGAUGGAGCGGACCUUUGGAUGCUCCUGUGCCUCUGGUGGUGGGCUAGGCUGGAACUGCUCUGUUGGAUCCUUACCUUUCUUUUGCAGCAACACUGAAUGGUUUGGCUGGUCCACAACACAGUCUCAGGGAUGGAUGGUCAAGUUGUAUAUGGCUUCCACCAUGCACGAGAUGAAAAGCCAUAUCUUGCUCAAGGACCAGUUGCAAAUAAGGGCAGAUAAAGAGUGGAUGCCCAACUGCUCUGAUGUAGGCCGCUCCGAAUCAAUUAUCCGAUAUAUGGCGUCUCUUGAAGGAUUCUCAGUGGUCUCAUGCCUCUCUGUCAGGAUUCUCCCAAUUUGAAAGAGGGGUUCACUUAUGUACAAGAAUGGCAUGUUCUUUCUUGUGUAAUAUAUCGUGGUUUUUUUCUGCUCAACACCAUCUGGACUAUGUAUCACUGUAACCUGCUUUAUGGUUUGGACCUGAGCGCUGGAGCAUGGUGCUGGAUAGGAAACGAGUCCCUAAGACCGCUCUUUGGAAUUCCAAUAUAGAUGAAGAUAGAAGUGAAAUUUGAGGGCCAACAAAUAUGUUGUAUCGUGGAUAUCCCCCUUUACAUCAUUGUUUUAUGAAAUGCACUAACGCUCCUGGAAGGUUGUUCUGAGUAUAUUUGUAUAUUUUUUACAACAAGUAUGAUUUGGUGUGAAGUUAUCCAAUGUCGUAUGAUGAACCUGGAUGUUUAGUAUUGAAUCAUUAGUAAGUGUUUAGUAACCUGCUUUUUUAGAUGUUACCUUUGUAGCGAAGUUGUUUUUGGCAUAACUUUAACCUAUAUUGGGCAGUUGCCUUGCUUAUGC